GCCUGUUUGUUUCAGCCAAUAGGCGCACAGCAGCUCUAAUGUCAUUCCUCGACUCUUUAAUUGCUGCCAGAGCUGCGCGGCGCUCAGCCUGCUGAUCUUUUCUCUCUGUCUGUGCGCGAUCAUGCACUGAAGACAUCCACAGCUGACUUUUUUUAAAACUCGCACAGAUGCCUACACAGGUCGUGGUUUUAUUCGGAUAAACGGAAUACUGAACCUGAUCGAGUCUUUUUUUCUUCUUCUUCUUGGAGCCUUUUGUGUAAUGAACCUGGAGCGUGGCGAGAGAGGGGAUCGGCCUUCGCCUCGAGGCCCAGAGAUGGAGCCUCGUACAGGACCAAAGAUGGGAAAGAUAUCGUCCGGUUUCCAGAGAAGUUCCACGUCAGAUGAUGACUCUGGGUGUGCAAUGGAGGAGUACGCCUGGGUGCCUCCCGGACUCCGGCCUGAGCAGGUUCAGAUGUAUUUCUCCUGCCUCCCAGAAGACAAGGUGCCAUAUGUCAACAGUCCAGGAGAGAAGCAGAGGAUCCGACAGCUCCUCUACCAGCUGCCACCACAUGACAAUGAGGUGCGUUACUGCCACACUCUGACUGAGGAGGAGAAGAGGGAGCUUCAUAUGUUCAGCACGCAGAGGAAGAGGGAGGCACUGGGAAGAGGAACACCCAAGAUUCUGCCCCGGGCUCUGCAACACACCCGCUGUGAAAAUUGUACUGGAGGUAUCACCGGAGGAGAAAUGGCCAUUUUUGCAUCCAGAGCUGGACCGAGCCCUUGCUGGCACCCAGCAUGCUUCGUUUGUGCAACGUGCCAAGAAUUGCUGGUGGAUCUGAUCUCUUUACCAAACGGCAAGCUACUCUGUGGAAGACACCACGCUGAGCUACUCAAACCGCGAUGCUCUUCCUGUGAUGAGAUCAUAUUUGCAGAUGAGUGCACAGAAGCGGAGGGUCGUUACUGGCACAUGAAGCACUUUGCCUGUUUUGAGUGCGAGACCAUGCUGGGCGGUCAGCGCUACAUUAUGAGAGAUGGCCGACCUUACUGCUGUGGCUGCUUUGAGUCAUUAUAUGCGGUAUACUGCGAGGCUUGUGGUGAGAACAUUGGGGUUGACCAUGCCCAGAUGACCUAUGAAGGUGUACAUUGGCAUGCCACAGACCAAUGCUUCUGUUGUGCCCAGUGCAAAACAUCCUUAUUAGGCUGCCCCUUCCUGCCUAAGCAGGGUCGCAUUUAUUGCUCAAAGGCUUGCAGCCAGGGGGAAGACAUCCACACCUCAGAUUCAUCGGAUUCUGCCUUCCAAUCUGCACGUUCACGUGAAUCGCGGCGCAGUGUCCGCAUGGGGAAGAGUACCCGGCCUUCUGAACAGUGGAGACAAUCACAGGUAUUAAACCCCCCUACCGCCGACCCUUUGUUUGACUACAAGAUUGAGCAAGGAGAAGGUGAUGGAGAUGCAGAUGGUGACACCGAUAUUGUAUGUCAUAAACUGGCCAGUGUUGGCCUAGAGGAGGAGAGGUUCUGGAGGGAGAGGGAAGAUCAGGAUAUAGGUGGAGAGGAGGAUCCAGAAGAGUGGGCCCAGCAUGAAGACUAUAUGACUCAGCUACUGCUCAAGUUUGGUGACCGUGGGAUGUUACAUCAUCUUCAGCAGGCAUCACCGAACACCUCCAGCCCUGUUGGUGUCAGAAGUCGGCUGAUAAAUGCUGCUGACCCCUGGCUAAAGCUUGAUACUACUCCUGUGGGGGUUACCACCUCCUCUCCAACCCCUGCUAGUCCAACACCAAGUCAGACUACUCAAUCACGAGCCAACAGCCUUAGCCCUGGAGUGAUGAGUAAGACACAUCUGCCUGAAAUGUACUGGGCCCAGUCCCAGGAUGGGUUGGGCGACUCAGCGUAUGGAAGUCAUCCAGGACCAGCUAGUGCAAGAAAGAUCCAAGAGCUGGAAUUGGAUCAGGAUCCGGACGGGACAGGGACACAGGUCUUCUGGCAGGACAACAGCAAGUGGUAUGAAGACUCUCUCGAAUGUAUAACUGAUGAGCUGAGACAGACUCAACAGGGUGUUGGAGACUCCAUGGACUCAUUGGCUUUGUCAAACAUUACUGGUGCUUCGGUGGAUGGAGAAGGGAGGGACCGACCUGUACUAUACUCCCUUCAUGAACUGCAGGACUGCUCACAGGCUGCAGAGGACUGUGAGAAGAUGAGCAACAUGGGAACCUUCAAUUCUUCUCAGCUUCACCAUAGUAACAACUCCCUUAACUUUAACACAGAAUUGGAACACCAGAGGUUGUCUCCAACUGGAGAAGAGGAGGAGGUAGCGUUGGUAAUGAGGGGAAACACAACAGUUAUGUCACUCUCACCACAUCCAGAAGGUCUGUCACCCUCCUUUGUCCAUGCUCCAGCUCUAAGGAGGAGCAAGUCUCAGUCCAGACCACCUCAGAUGGUCACAUUCUCAGAGGACACUGUAGACAACGGAUAUAACAACGGGUUUGAGGUCAACGUUAGAAAGCACCCAAUGAGCGAGAAACCACAAAGGCGGACAUAUUGCUCAGAUGAAACCGGAAGAGAAAGAAGUCAUCCGACAAGCCAUCGCAGGCACAGCAGACAGCAUCACCGCCAAGGCCGGCACCACAGGAGCCGUAAAACACGCUCGGACAACGCCCUUCACAUGGUUCCACUGGAGAGGGCACAGAGGCCAUUUGAGCCCCAGCCACAGAGUCCAAUGAACCCCCAAUGUGGCGCUGUACCUCCACAGCACUCCUCGCACAGAUUGCCUAUGACCUACUGCCAAACCCGCCCUGAUUAUAACGUUCAGGGCGGGAUGCACGGAGACCGGCGGGCUGAGCAUUUUUUGGGUUUCUACAGAGAUGAUGACGACUGGUGCUCGACCUGCUCUUCCUCCUCAUCGGACUCUGAGGAGGAGGGUUAUUUCCUCGGACAGCCAAUCCCUCAGCCUCGAGCUGCCGGUCUGUACUACGCUGAGGACUACCCGACUAGAGUUACAGCCCUCUCGUCUCAGUGUCACAGCUCACAGACUACUCGGAGAAAGCGUCACCGUACCAAAACUGUAUUAUCUCAUAACAGCUCAGACAAUUAGGGCGGCAUUUACACUAUAACCUGCACUACAAGAAAAAUGUUUGAUUUUCUGACGAUGACCACACAAUGUUUAAUCCACUGCCCUAUAGCAACUCUAGUACAAACUCAGUCAAGAUUGUGAUCAAAUUGGAUUUGACCUAAAUAAUAUUCACCACGGCCAAAUGUCAAGACGCAGAUCAGAAGUGAGACCUGUGUAAAUCCACUUAUGGUACAAAUAUUAGUAAAGGAGAAACAUAUAUUGGAAUGGUACAAAAUAGUCAAAAAAUUUUGCGAACGCAAAUUUGGCCUAGAUAUUAGGACUUGAAAUGGUGAUUGCAGGAGCUUUACGAUUGUGCAACAACUUGCUGGAUUUGGGUUGAGUCACGUCUCGGUAGAAUUCCACAAGCAGGUCUCACACCUGAAUGUGUUCAGCGCAGAGUCCUCCUGAGCAAGCGCACAACUCGCCACGAGCCUGGUGUAACUCCAGGUGAGCUUGUACUCAACUCGGGAUAACCGGGUUAAUGGUUUUGUGCUUGACUCCAAAAAUGGACAGUGUUGAGUGCAAGUCGAGCCCGAGUAGCCACGUGUUUAAUAUCUGUAUGAACUGAACCAACCUUUCCUAGGAAGACACGCCAAGCAGCCCCCGCCAAAUCACCACUACAGAAAACUGCUAAAUUCAGCUACCUGCUAUACUUCUUUCACAUUUGCCAUUAAGUUACAAUCUGUCAUGUUUGCCGCAAUGUCUUUGUGAACAUUAAAACUGCAAUGCUAUUGUACAAAAGGUUAAUAAAAGUAGGAAUGAGAAAUUAACCAAAUUAUUUAAUGCAUAAUAUUACAAAAUGAUAUUGUAUAUACUAAGUUAAGAUUUUAAUACUGGUAUUUUUUUUAUAUAUAUAUAUCUGUGGUUUAAAGGUAUUGUACUUUUAAGUGUAUGAUGGAAAACUGCUACAAACAAAGAAGACCUCAAUCUCUUGUUUGAUGCAAAGAAGGUGCCGCUUCAUGAACUGGUCUACACAAUAAAGUGCCGUAUUAUUAGUACUACCGGAAUUUUACUUAAUCCAUGACAUCUGUGCACCCCCCCCCACACACAGCUCAAAUAUUUGAGAGUCCUUACUUUAUCAUAACCAGCUAAAUGCUUUGUGACUUUAAAAAAAGCUUGUAAUAAUAUUUUCUCCAAA